AUGACAGACUCGAGGCUGUCUUCGCACGCGCUUGACGACAUCUCUGACGAUAUUUCCGAGUCCAGCUUGCAUGAGCAGACACCAGAGCCAGGGUCACAGCAAUGGCAGGAUCAGACACGUUUGACAUCAUUCCUCCUUUCAUGGAUCCUGUCAGACCAGGGCCAAGAUCAUACAGAGCGCUGGCUUGCCGGAUGCGACCUGCCACAUUUUUUCACCCUGGACAGCGAUAACAUAGUAUGGAAAUGGAAAGAGACGCCACAGGUGACGGUGCCGCUGGAGGACUGGGAAAAUACUGGCUCUUCAGACAUGUCGGCCGGCGCGAUCGAUCUUUGGAGCGAUGACAAAAGGUCGCAGCAGACCGAGGUAACCUCCACCUCAUCAUUGUGA